CUCCAAGGUGCGCCGCGGUGGGCGCUGGGGAAGGGCUUUUCACUACCUACUUUGGUGCGAUCUCAGGCAGGCGGCGCUGAUUGGCUCGGGCUGCUGCGGCAGGAGCCGAGUGCUUCCCGCCGGCACCCGCGGGUUCCGGAUCCCAGCGCCGCUUCACCCCGGCGGCCCAAACAACGAGCGGCUUGUCCUCGGAGACAAAGGCUGCCCUGAGAAAACGCUGCUGCCGAGCCCGGGGCGCUCCGAGAAGCUGCUGCUUCGUGUUCAUGGCAGUCCUGCUUGCCCUGACGAAAAUACUCGUUCCUUAAUGUUUCUGGGCAGGGAGGCUCAGGCUGCUUGUAAUCAGAGUAAAAAAGCAUCUGCUGAUGGUACAAAAUGUAUAGAAAGUUAGGUUUUAAUUACCGAAUCCUGACUGCAGUGAUGUUUCAGGCUUGAGUCGAUGAGCAAAAAGUCCCCAGCAUCCAAAGCUUAUUUGUUGAGUCUUUGCCUCCCUGUAAGCAGGAAACAAAAACAAGACUCGACAGCGACGUUUUCAGAGCUGGGGUAUGAGGCAAUAAUAUUACAAACAUCAUGAAGCUUCACUAUUAAAGAGUCUCUAAUCUCAGCUGUUUGGUGACUGCGUGACUCCUACAGUGCAGGACACUUCCACCAUCUAAAUCCAAGAGUGUGGACUUCACAACAGAGGAUGGGGAGACUAAUUGUGCUGUUCUCUUGAGCAUGGAGGAAAAUAAGCACAAGAAUAACCCACGAGGAGGAUGAGUCUGGGAAAAGCCUCCAACUUCCCGUGCGGGAAAGCAUCCUCCCCCUUCUCCUCCGCUUUAUCGCUUCCCCGUCCCGCCCCGACCCUGCGGGAGACUCGGCCAACGCACCGGGGCUGCAGGGUUCCGGCCGGGGCGGGCUGGUCCGGGCUCGGCCCAAAACACCGCCCGGCCCGCCCCGCCCCGCGGCUUUAAAAUGGCUGCGGCCGUGAGGGGGAGCCGGCAGAGCGGAGUCAUGGCGGCAGGGAGAGCGUCGGUGCUGGUGCUGCUGGUGGCGGCCCUGCUCUUCUUCGCCGGCGCCGUGCGAGCUGCCGAGCUCCGCCCGCGGCUGCUGGGCGGCCCGCAGACUAUCGACGACCCUGAGAACGAUGAAGGGCUGGAGCGGGCUCUGCAGUUCGCCAUGACGGCGUACAACAGGGCCAGCAACGACAUGUACUCCAGCCGGGUGGUGCGGAUCCUCAGCGCCAAGAAGCAGAUCGUGGCUGGAGUCAAGUACAUAAUGGAAGUGGAGAUUGCCCGGACAACCUGCACAAAGCCAGCAACUGAUAUCCAGCACUGUGCGUUCCAUGAGGAGCCCCAGAUGGCCAAGCACACCAUUUGCAACUUCGUAGUGUUGACUGUUCCUUGGCGAAACCAGGUGGAGCUGCUGGACAGCAAGUGCCAGUAAGCCUAUGUAGAUUCCAGCAGAGACCUGCAACCAGUUGUUCAGAUUUAGAAGAAAAAGGCAAUAACAGAAACUGAGAUGGGCUUUAUCAAUGCCUGUAACUUGGCUACUGACGUAUGCUUGUGCUAUGCAAAUUAAACCAUGUAAUUUCACUUUUAAAGCACAGUAUGAUCUCAACUUUUUCUUCUUUGGAAUUAUUAUUUUAGAGCAGCUGUUUUGGUCUUAUAAAGCUUUCCCAAUAAAUGCACUCCAGCAUCAGAAUUCUUAUUAAAACCCCUUGGUUAUGGGUUAAGUGACUACUGUAAACAUAAAAACUUAAUUAAUAAUUGC